GCCCAAGUCACGUGCUGCUGCGACUUCUCACGCUCUUGGUUCCUCUGGCAGCGAGCUGUAGCCGAACGGAGGUGAACAUGGCCGAUGUGUCUGAGAGGACGUUACAGGUCGCUAUAGUCGUUUCGUUUGCGGCCGGUUUUAUCGCCGGCUGGCAGGCAAACAGGAUGAGGAGAAGGUUCUUGGACUGGCGGAAAAAAAGGUUACAGGACAAGCUCGCAGAAACACAGAAGAAGCUAGACCUGUCUUGACACAUGCACUACAGCUAAAUGCAGCCGAACUGCUCUUUCUCUUUCUAGUGCCUCGGUCAUCAAAGCUUGAUAUAGUAUUCCUGGUUUACGAACAGAAUGAGGAGUCUGUAACAGCAACUCUCCAGCGCUCAGCAGGAUCAAGCCUUCAACCUUGGAUCAAAGAGACCGUCUACAGGCUGGAGCAAAUCAGUGCAACUUUCUCAAGGACUUUAAAAACUCGGCAGAAUGUUGUAUUUAUGAGAUUUUUUUUCUUCCAUGUUUGUUCAAGCCAUAAAUCCUGUUACCAUGUCUGUGCUUUUACUUUGUCGCUGUCAUUUGCAAUAAAUGAAAUAUUUUAUUAAA